GUAAAGCGACUACAACAAAACCGCGCGUGGUGGCAGAAGCGCGUCGCCUUCCAUUCGGCUGCAUCCGAUAAACACGCAACGUAUGUGGUGGCUCAGUAACAUUAGCUACACGACAACCGCAACGACGAAAGAGUGGGAAAAUGUCUGCAACGACCACAGCAGCAAAGUACGUGAAAGAAAAUGACCGCUGUCGUCGACGACUGGAACAUCUUUGGCUGCAGCCUUAUGUUGUGUUGCGCAGAGCAGACAUCAGUGAAGCUAUUCGUGCUAAGCAGGAGGAGCCGGACCGCACACGCAUUAACGAGGAAGAUGUGGGCAAGGAGGUCCACCACUUCAAUGAACAAAUGGAGCAGAAGUUUCUUUGCACUAUAAAAGAGGAGGAAGAGCCGGAGCGGCCUUGUCAGAAAGAGGACGGAGAGGACUCCUGCGACAUCAAAAAGGAGGAGGAAGAUACCUGCGAGAUGCCAUUGACUGGUGUACUUGUGAAGCGUUUAGAUGAGGCUCAACGUGAGGUGAGCAAAGGGGCGGAGCCUCCAAGCUGCAGCUCAAGUCCACAUAUGACCAGAGAAGGUGAUGGAGACCACUGUUGGGCAUCAAGAGCAGCUCCAACAUCAGAUAGUGAUGACGUGUUGUCACAUUUUCCAGCUGAUGAGGAUGAUAAUGACGACUCUCAAAACAAACACAAGCAAUGUUCUCACUGUGGAAUUUCUUUUGCUCAUAGCAGUAGUUUGGAACAACACAUGAGAAUGCACACAAGAAAGAAAAACUUUUCCUGUUCAGAUUGUAGCCAAAAGUUCUCUCAGAGGGGACAUUUAAAUACGCACACAAGAACCCACACUGGCGAGAAACCUUUUUCAUGCUCAGUUUGUGGCCAGAAAUUCCACACAGGGUGGCAUUUGAAUACACACACAAGAACCCACACUGGCGAGAAACCCUUUUCAUGCUCAGAUUGUGGCCAAAAGUUCUCUCAGAGGGGAAGUUUAAAUAUGCACACAAGAAUCCACACUGGUGAGAAACCUUUUUCAUGCUCGGUUUGUGGCCAAAAAUUCUCUCAGAGGGGAAGUUUAAAUAUGCACACAAGAAUCCACACUGGUGAGAAACCUUUUUCAUGCUCGGUUUGUGGCCAAAGGUUCUCUCAGAGGGGACCUUUAAACACGCACAUAUUAACCCACACUGGUGAGAAACCUUUUUCAUGCUCAGUUUGUGGCCAAAAGUUCUCCUGUAGGCAAAGUUUAAAUAUACACACAAGAAUCCACACUGGUGAGAAACCUUUUUCAUGCUCAGUUUGUGGCCAAAAGUUCUCCUGUAGGCAAAGUUUAAAUAUACACACAAGAACCCAUACUGGCGAGAAACCUUUUUCAUGCUCAGUUUGUGGCCAAAAGUUCUCCUGUAGGCAAAAUUUAAAUAUACACACAAGAAUCCACACUGGCGAGAAACCUUUUUCAUGCUCAGUUUGUGGCCAAAAGUUUUCCUGUAGGCAAAGUUUAAAUAUACACACAAGAAUCCACACAGGUGAGAAACCUUUUUCAUGCUCAGUUUGUGGCCAAAGGUUCUCUCGGCGGGCAUAUGUUAAUAUGCACACAUUAACCCACACUGGCGAGAAGCCUUUUUCAUGCUCAGUUUGUGGCCAAAAGUUCUCCUGUAGGCAAAGUUUAAAUACGCACACAAGAAUCCACACUGGCGAGAAACCAUUUUCAUGCUCAGUUUGUGGGCAAAAGUUCUCUUUGAGUGGAUCUUUAAAAAUUCAUACAAGAAUCCACACUGGUGAGAAACCUUUUUCAUGCUCAGUUUGUGGCCAAAGGUUCUCUCAGAGGGGACAUUUAAACACGCACAUAUUAACCCACACUGGUGAGAAACCUUUUUCAUGCUCAGUUUGUGGCCAAAAGUUCUCUCGGAGGGAUCAUUUAAACACGCACACAUUAACCCACACUGCCGAGAAACCUUUUUCAUGCUCAGUUUGUGGCCAAAAAUUCCGCACAAAGGGGCAUUUAAAUAUGCACACAAGAAUCCACACUGGCGAGAAACCUUUUUCAUGCUCAGUUUGUGGCCAAAAAUUCUCUGGGAGGGGAAGUUUAAAAAAGCACACAAGAAUCCACACUGGCGAGAAACCUUUUUCAUGCUCAGUUUGUGGCCAAACAUUCUCUCGGGGGGACAAUUUCAAGACGCACACAUUAACCCACACUGGCAAGAAACCUUUUUCAUGUUCAGUUUGUGGCCAAAAAUUCUCCCAGCGGGGACCUUUAAAUAUGCACACAAGAAUCCACACUGGCCAGGAACCUUUUUAAUGCUCAGUUCGGCCAAACAGUCUCUCAGGGUAAGCUUAAUCAGGCACACAGGAGCCCACACUGGAGAGAAACCUGUUGCUUGCUCAGUCAGUUGCCAAAGAGUCGAUUGAGAAUUUUGGGAGAUGAGCAGCAAUCCAUGAAGUUCUCACCUUCUAUUUGAGCAGACUUUAUGAGUUUAUGCAUCAAUGAUAGUUCUAUUCUACGAUGCACCUUUUGAUUGAGAUGCUGAACUCCUUUCCUUUACGACAGUGAGAAGUUCAUUUUAGUUUUACCAAUGAAUUUGAAAAUAAAUGUAACCGGCCUCGGGAUGAUAGUAGAUACUUGAAGUUUAUUUUGGUUUUAGUUGUGUGUUCAUAUUCAGGGCAAGUUGCUUGGUUCUUAUUAGUGUCUGUUCAGGAUUUUUCAGCUUUUCAUGUUCAUGUGGAUCAAUAAAAUGAAAUAGUGUUGGAUAUCCCCCACUUUUCUUCAACAGUUUUUUUGUUUUGUUACUUUGCCUUGCUAAUAACACGUUAAAAUGUACUUGAGAUGUAUUAAGACAUAUCAUUAAAGAGUUGUCUCAACCUAA